UCUUUUUUGGCAAUGAUAACACUGCCCGCGUGAGGGCGAUAAGUGCCAUAUGAAGUUAUGGAGUUACUUCAACGAAGAAACGUCUUCUCAAAUGACUGCACAUAGAUAGGACAACAUAGAAGCCGUAUUUGGCGGUUUGAACGAUUACGGCUAUAAAUCUGGGUGUGUUUUUCUAUGUGGCAGAACAUGACAGCUCUCUUCCAACAUCAGAGAUUAUGAAGGUGCCAAGCUGGUCGUCGUUUGGGUUCUGGAGUUUGUGUAUUUUUUGUAGUCUGUUUGUUAUUGCAAAUGCUAAUAUUCACGAGGAUGAUGAUGCUUGGAUCGAUCCAUAUGACAUGCUGAACUACGACCCAACGACAAAGCGCAUGAGAAAACCCACAGAGUCUGCCAGUUACCCAAAUGUUCCAACCAAGAGGAGGGAAUUCAGCUCUGAAUCCUGUGAAGCGCAGCAGUGUCCUGAUGUGUCUGAGUGCACCAGUAAACUAGGGAUUUUGCAAAAAGAGUUUGAUGAACAGAAAAAGAAGGGGACCAUCACCUCUGUAAAGCCAGUAUGUCUUCCAGUAUUCAAGCGUUUUCUUACCAAGCUCCUUAAAGAAACUUCAAAACUUGGCCUGCCUGAUGAUGGAAAGACAUCCGUGCAUUAUGACGCUGAGGUGAAGCUGUCGAAGCAGUCGCUGGCGGAGAUCCAGAAGCUUCUGAAUGAAGAGAACGACUGGACCACUGGAGCCAUGGAUGAGGCUCUCAGUCAGAUUCUGUUCAGAUUCAAACUCCACAACCACAAAGCCUGGAAGUGGCGUUUCGAAGACACGUUUUAUGUAGAUGUCGAUACCGCCCUGAAGGUUUCUUUGAUCGUUCUGAUUGUUGUAGCCAUAAUCUGCACUGAGCUCUGGUCUGUGGUCUCCUGGUUGGUCCAGUUCUGGAGAAUGUUUGCGGUUUGCUUUUUUAUUAGCUUGAUCUGGAACUGGUUCCAUCUUUAUAUGGUUGCCUUUGCAGAACACAAGAAGAACAUUGUGGAGGUGGAGACCUUCAAUGGCAAGUGCACUGGACUGAACCAACUGGACUGGAAGGACAGCUUAUCAGAGUGGUACAGACGGACAUGGACUCUUCAAGAUGAUCCUUGCAAAAAGUACUACGAGGUCCUGGUGGUGAACCCCAUUUUGCUUGUGCCUCCAACAAAGGCUAUCACCGUCACCAUAACCAGUUUCAUCACGGAUCCCUUGAAGCAAAUUGGGCAGGGAAUUAGCGAGUUCCUCAGAGCCCUGCUGAAGGAUCUUCCAGUUACUCUCCAGUUACCUGUGCUGCUUAUCAUUGCACUCGCCAUCAUUAUGUUCAUGUAUGGAAGUGCUCAAGCAGCUAUACAUCAAGCAGUUCGCUUUCCCCGGCUCGGUGGGCGACGGGACCAGCCACCUCCUGCGGUAGGACGGCACCAAGCUCCUCAAUUAAGGGAGCAUGAGGAAGCUUGGGAUAGAGGCGAUGCUCCACAGCCACUACAGGACAACAGAAACAGAGUAAAUCAAGCAGGAAACCAAGGUGACCAGGGCCUCAGGGCAGGAGAUGCUCAUGCCCCACAAAACAGGGAGGAGUACAGAAGCAUGGGACUCCCACAGGAAUUUUCCAGCGUUCCCAGAGGGACUCAGAGGGUAGAGACUGUGCGCGCUACAGGGAACAUGUCCAGCGAUGAUGAGACUGAUUUUCAGCAGCGGACAGAGGAGGUGGAUCCUGGUACAAAGGAAAAUGCAGAACCUGAAGUGAAAGCUGAGGAAAAGGAGAAAAAUGCAUCUACUGAGGACAAAAAGGAACAGAAAGACACACAGAGUCCAGACAGAAAUGAGCCUGUAACCAAUGUGCCUUCUGCUCAAACAGAGGUGAAAACACUUGGAGCUAAUCAAGGGAAUGGGGGAGCAUCAGCAGAUCUUGCUGUCGAAGAAGGUGGUUAUUCAAGCUUUAAAGCUCCAGUUCAAGAAACAUAUCAUUAAAAUGGUCUUUGAACUUUUUUGUAUCAACAUGGUUGUUUUUGGGUCAUUCACUUUUAAUUAAAUGUUGGGAAAACUGAUUAUUUUUCCCCCCCUGAAAUUUAAAUAUAUUUUUGCCACUUUUUCUUUGUCUAAUUUUUCUUUAUUGUCUAAUUUUGAAGUAAAUCUCCUGAAGUAUCAUUCAGGUGUUAUAAAGAGCCAAUGAAAGGUGCAGGAUUUUUGCUUACAUUUAGCAGUCUCUAUUCAUUUUUAUCAUUGUUUUUGGACAUUAUACUGACACCUACUGGCCAGGAUGUAUGAGGUUUGUUUACUAUCUGCUGCUGCUUCACACAAAAUAGUUUAUUUUAUUUUCUCCAUCUCAUCACACACAUUCAUAAUGAAUAUUCUUGGAUUAAAUCUUGUUUUUUUCCAUCUGUGCAUGUUGUAGGGUGUUUGAGCUGUUAUGACUUAUUGAUGAGCUUGUUUCAUCACCCCCCAACAGAGAAUGGACAUUUUUGCCAGUAUUUCUAAUUAUACUCAUACAUUUUGGAUCAGUUUGAUAAUGUUGACUCAGGCUACAUUAUUGUGUCAGUAAUGUUUUGUUGUUAUAUUGUUUGAUUUGCUUGUUUUGUUUACAUGUAUUUUUAUGAUUAUGCUUUGUAAAGUGCCCUGAGCACUGUCUGAAAGCACUGUAUAAAUUAAAUGUAAUUAAUAUUAUUAUUGUUAUUAUUAACGCAGUCAAUUUGCUUGACACAGCUGGAGAUCAUGUGAUCUCAACACGGCGGUAACCCAUAAGAGGGCAACCUGCUUUAUGUAGAAUAAAAGUCUUUGAAAGUGA